GGAAACACCAUUAUCGCCUAACCCUAAUAUUCAGCCGCCGCCGAGAAACGCCCGGAAGAGAAACAGAUGACGACCAGUUUGAAAAAGAACAGGAAGAAGAGAGGCCACGUCAGCGCCGGUCAUGGUCGUGUCGGUAAACACAGAAAGCAUCCUGGAGGUAGAGGUAACGCCGGAGGCAUGCACCACCACCGUAUCCUCUUCGACAAAUACCAUCCUGGUUAUUUUGGUAAGGUCGGUAUGCGUUACUUCCACAAGCUUCGCAAUAAGUUCUACUGCCCUAUUGUCAACAUAGACAAACUAUCUUCUCUCAUUUCACAAGAGGUCAAGGAUAAAGCUUCAAAAGAGAACAAGGCACCUGUUAUUGAUGUUACUCAGUUUGGUUUCUUCAAACUUUUGGGUAAAGGUGUUUUGCCUCAGAAUCAGCCCUUCGUUGUGAAGACUAAACUCAUUUCAAAGAUCGCUGAGAAGAAAAUUAAAGAAGCUGGUGGUGCUGUUGUUCUUACUGCUUAAUUCUUUAAUAUGGUAUUUGCUUUUGAACUAUUUAGAGGUUUUGAUCUUUUUCAUUUUUGUUUGGACCUUUCACAUAUCUAUUCCAUAUUAGUUUUGCACUAUUGUUUAAGUUUUGUAUUUAUCUGUAAGCAUAUGGUAUGGUUGCGCGUUGAUCUUGUCAAACUAAUUCAUAAUGGUUAAUGACAUUGUUAUCCUGAAUCAAUUCGCCAA